UAUGUUUCAACAUGCAUUUUCAGCAGCACUUCUGCGUGCGUUGUGCCCCAGCUAGCAGCUGUGACCUGCUAGCAGGAGGCAGACUGGGGCGAGGGGGAGAAGUGGCACCUACGCCCCUGCGCUCUGCUUCUCUUCCUCCUCCUCCUCCUCCGCCGCCGCCGCCGCCGCUCCGCCGGUGGCAGCCGGGGAGGCUGGGGACCGACCACGGAGAUGUUCUGCGUGGAGCUCCUUGGGGAGCUGUACCAGCUGCUGUGUUGGCAGCCUUGGAGUUGCCUCUGGACAGAACAUCACAGAGUCAGACUGUACCGGCUAGGCCUGCGUGCCGAGCAGGGAAGGAAGGAGCCGCUUCUGCGGAGAUACUCCCUGCUCCCGGCUCCGUAGAGAGCCCGCUGGGGCAGGACUGCUUGAACAGCAAUGGCUACGGGGAGUCCUCGAGGAGCGGCAGAAUGCGUCUGCCUGGAAAUCUGCACGUGCCGUGGAUGAACCCAUUUCUUGGUCUUUGGAGGUCUUGGAAACCAAAUCACUUCAUGGAACUGGCCAGAAUUUUAAUGAUACCCACCCAGGAUAGGCACGUGCAGUUCCAGGUGUGCAGGAUCUCUGCCCGAAUCCCAGCACAGGAUCGCCCUGGGUGGACUUCAAAGGUGUCCUGGGAGCUUCUUGCAGGAGAAGGGAUUUGCUUCGAGCAUCCCUGGUGAGAAUUUGACUUCCCGUCUUGACGUGCACCGUCCCCGCUCCUUUUCUCCGUAGGAGCGGCUGCAUUUGUGUGGCACUGGAUGCAUGGUAUAUAAAGCAUUUAGGACGAAAAGUCUAUAGAAGUGUGAUACUAAUAAUAUUUUACAGCUUUAAUUACCAUGAUUGUAGUGCCUAGAGGCGUAUGCAAAAACAUUUUGAGUGGGAGGAGAGAAGGCAGCGCUGUGAACAUUUUUGUGGUUUUGCUGGGCAAUGUGCAAUUGAGUUUUCUCAUGGGAACCACGGCACGCCAGGGAAAAAAGCUGCCUCUACCUCCUCGUCUGCUCCGUCGGGAUACUGGAUCACACCCCAAAGUCGAGGAGACAACCACAGUCGCUCCCGUUUCAGGCAACGGCUGGGCUGACUGUGCCUCCCUCUGCUUUCAGAGGGGCUCCAGGUGCAGGUGCUGCCCAUUUCCGCAGGCAACAGGUAUUUUCCCUCCGGGAACAUCCCUUCCGGACGAUCAGCGGCAGUUUCGCCUGCGGGAUGAUUUCAGGAUUGGGCAAUUGCCGAUUUGUGGCGUGGAUUUGCCAGCAGCCCCAAGAGCAGCGUGCCCCUUUCUCGCUCAGGGUGUGCAACGCAGAGGGAGCCCUCGCUCCCGCCCGUGCCAUGCGUACGGGGGCAGGGGACGGACAGAGGGGACGGACAGAGGGGCCGGACAGAGGGGCCUUGUGUGGCUGGGCGAGCCCCCCAGCACCCGCCUUACCGCCUUCCAGCACCCUUCCCCGCGGGAGGCUGUGCGGCACCCCCGAUAGGCCUAAUGCAAAGUCACUAGCUCGAUGGUCACGACUAAUUGAAAAAUAGGAAAAUACCCCAGGCAGGGAGGCGAGUUCUUGGAGUUGAGGUGUUACAAAAUAAAAACCGAGAUGGAAUAAAGAUGCUUGCGUUUCCCUAGCUAUAGAAUGCAGUCCUGCGUCUUUAGAAAACUUUUUUAAAACUUUGUUCCUAGCUCAUGUAUUAAUUUUCAGACAUACUGAUGUAGUUUCUGGGACAGGGAUUUGCCAUAGGUUCGUUAUUGAGAUGCUACAAAGGCAGUAGCCUUCUAUUUGGAAAACCGAAAUUCAAUUUUAUCUGGCCUUGGUUACCAAAGAGACAGUCCGUGACACAGCUUCCUGGCGGGCCGGUCCCUGCUCAGACGAACACUCUCUGACAGCCAAGGUAUGGACUGAAAGGCAACGAAAACUGAAAGGAAACCCUGUGUGAUAGGUAUUCCCGGCUGUGGGAAGAGUUGGACGUUGCCUACAAGAUGAGCACUUCCCCCCCCCCCCCGAUUCAUCCUUUUUCUAUUGUUACCUGCACCAAACAUGAUUUACAUUAUUAAAAACUCAUACUUAAAUCAACUCCCCAUCAGUUAAAUAAAUACAUGUUAUCAUUG